CGUCGUGACGCACAAUGGGGCAGAACAAGAAUAUACUUUAUUCGUGGACUGGCGAUAAGGAGGAGGACAAGGUACUGCUGGAACCGGUCAAUUACAUUUAUUGCGUUCCUGGAACCGAUAUCAGGCCAAAGUUGGGAGAAGCUUUCAAUCAUUGGUUAAAAAUACCGCAGGAUAAAUUUAACGCGAUUCAAGAAAUAAUACAAAUACUUCAUACAUCUACCCUUUUAAUCGACGAUAUUCAAGACGAUUCAACCUUAAGAAGCCUCAACCCUGCUGCACAUCAUAUUUAUUCGGUAGCUGCCACGAUCAACUCUGCAAUUUAUGCUAACCAUAUUGCCUUGGAAAGAAUUCUUGCCUUAAAUCAUCCAGAGGCGGUGAAAGUGUAUUUAGAGGAAGAAUUGAAUGUUUAUAGAGGACAGGGUCUGGAAAUUUAUUGGAGGGACAAUUGCAUUUGUCCACCCGAGAGUAUGUAUAAGAGGAUGGCGAUUCGAAAGACAGGUGUAUUCUUUAACACAGCUGUCCGGUUUAUGCAGCUGUUUUCAAACUGUAAACAGGACUUUACACACCUGAUAGAAACUAUAAGCGUUUACUAUCAAAUUCGGAAUGACUAUUUCGAUUUGUAUCGCGAAGAGUAUACCGAGGACUCGCAUUUCGCCGAGGAUGUAUCGCUAGGGAUAUUCAAUUUUCUUAUCAUACAUGCAGUACAAAGUCAUCCGGAAGAUAGAGAGAUAAUAUACAUUCUCAGACGGCAGACGAAAGAUAUCGAGGUGAGACGGUAUUGCAUAAAUCUAUUAAAGAAGUUUGGCUCGUUCGCUUACACGAAAACUGUGCUCGAAGAAAUGGAUAAAAAAAUCAGAGACGAAAUUCAACGUUUAGGUGGAAAUGCUGCGUUAGUGAAAAUUUUAGACAGCUUACUAGAUUGGAAGCAUUGAGGUGCUCAGCAGAAGCUGAAUUCGAUUAUACCUUAUAUCUUUAUACUUUAUUAAAUAAUCAAUGUUCCAAAGAAAAUAACUUCGACGUUAUCUGUUUCAGACUGUGCGAUUAUUUCUCGAAUAAAAUAAUAACAUAUGACGUUAAUUUCAAUCAUUUUUUUCAUACCACAUUGAACAGCUAACAAACAGGUUCUGUAUAAUUUAAGGUGGUCUUUCUUCAAUGUCCCUUUCUUCUUCGAAAGAAGAGUU